ACCCUAAAUUGAAGAGAAGAGUGAAGAUUGAGAGUUAGGGUUUAAGCGAAAUCAGAUCAGAGAAGAAGGCAUCAUCAUGUUUCCAGGAAUGUUCAUGCGCAAGCCAGACAAAGCUGCAGCACUGAAGCAGCUGAAAUCUCAUGUGGUCAUGUUCCAGGCAUGGGUUGUUGUUAUUCAGGUCACCCCUUACGUUCUUCACUUUCUCAGCACCGAGAAAGAGGAACUUAAGCUUGAGCUUUACCUUCUCACUCUUCCUCGGCAGAGGUACCUUCCUCCAAUUGUUGCAAACCGUGAUAGACAUUGCAUAGCUGAGAUGAUUUAA